AACUGCCUUCAAUUCUAUCGAUAACAGUUUGAUCCUAAGUUACACUUUAUCUACUCGUGACUUAUCUUAUGCGGACCACCUCCUGUCAUGCGACGGUCCCCCUGGUUUCACUUUUACCCUAACUGUCAAGCACCUAUGAUAUAGGAUGCUUUAAACUACCACAAGCCAGUACUGCGUGUGGAAGACUUAACACAGCGCUGAUGUUUGACGGAGCCAUUGUGUGCGCAUUGUUUGCAAAAAUCUCUGAGGGAGCUAUGCCUGAUGGGACAGAAUCGCCAUAAUUAUGGCAAAGGUGGCUAUGGUAGCCAGUACAGACAGCGAUGCAGUGUUUGCUUUGAGCCAUGCUGCGAGGGACCAUGCUUCCAGGACCACUGCAGUUCCGUGCAUCGAAAGGGUCUUGCGCUCGGAGGUCAAGUGUGCAGCCUGCAACGUGCACGCCAGCGCACUGUGCAAGCAAGUCCCACGCGCAGGGCCGGCCGUGGCGGCAGCAGCAUGUAGCGGCGGGGCAGGAUGGAUUGGCGGGGGCGGCACUAGCAUGCAGCGCGAGCCAUCAGCUGUGGCCAGCCCCACGCGCAGGGCCGGCCGUGGCGGCAGCGGCAUGUAGCGGCGGGGCAGGAUGGAUUGGCGGGGGCGGCACUAGCAUGCAGCGCGAGCCAUCAGCUGUGGCCAGCAGCCCCACGCGCAGGGCCGGCCGUGGCGGCAGCGGCAUGUAGCGGCGGGGCAGGAUGGAUUGGCGGGGGCGGCACUAGCAUGCAGCGCGAGCCAUCAGCUGUGGCCAGCAGGCCUGCGAGAAAGGAGCGGAAGGAGGCUGGCAAGCCUGCUGCGGUGGAUGUACCUGACUGUAUCACGGGGCAGCUCACCCUCCUGCUCGGAAGCAUCACCAUCGCGAGCAGCAAACACCCAGCAUGUCAGUGAAGACCACAAUGCGCGAGGGGGCAGGCAGCCAGCACGAUGGGCUGGCGGGCGCCGCAGUGGACGGCGGCAUGCCUGGGGAUAUAGCCCUGGUGGUUCAGCGGCGGCCCAAGAAAACGAGGAGGAGCGACUGCCCCGUGUUCGUGGCGAGCAGGACACAGCUCGGCAGCCCGCCAAGCCUUCUGCGAGAGGCGCAAGGAAGCAAGCAGGCGAUCCGGAGCCGGAGCUUGAGCCUGCCCAGUGUAGUGGCAGAUAGACCGCGGUGCACAUAGCGGUACGGGAAGCAAAGGUAGCUAGCUACUGCGGUACGGGAAGCUUAGGGAGCGUAUUGGGAUUCAUAUAAGGGGGAUAAGGGGUGGGGGCAUCGCCUUGCGCAACUGCGAACUAGGUUGUUUUAGUUGCAAGACGGUGGUUAUGACUGGGUAGAGGAUAGCUGAGGUAUGGCGCGUGUGACGGGAGUGCGCAUGUGUGCGGCAUGCGUGUGCAUGUGUGGCAUCUCAUGGAAGAAGGUUCAUAAGUAUGGCAUUGCGGAGGACUAGUUUGGUAGAAGACGACAAUCUCAUGGCUGGAACAUGCACAGUACUAAGUGUGCACUGAGGAUCCAUGCGCGUGCUUUUGCGGCGCCCCAGACUCCAGGCGG